CUUCUUCAAGGCCUUAUCACGAAGAAGGGUCCCCAGUUGUUUCCAAAUCUUCGGAAGAUGCAUCAUGCACGAAAUGAAGUUAAAAUAUGAAAUUUACUCUACUGUAUAAGUAUCCGUCGACUCAGAAUCCAUUGUUAAACAGACAGUAUUCUCCUCAUUUGUUAAACAUGGCUGCUCAAUUCCAGUUCAGUGUAUGCCUUCUCUUGAUGACAAUUUCUCAAUUCAUAUCCGCUUCAUUAGCUCAUGAAAUGAAUUGUUACAUUGUUCAUAUGGACAUAUCAGCCAUGCCUAAAGCCUAUUCUAACCACCAUAGCUGGUACUUGGCUACUCUUGCCUCCAUAACCGACAACUCAAAAUUGACCACAACUUCAGUUCCCUCCACAAAAAUUAUCUAUACUUACACUAAUGUCAUGCAUGGCUUUAGUGCAAUUCUUUCUGAUUCAGAACUUGAAUCCCUUAGCAGCUUACCAGGCUAUGUUUCGUCCUUCAGAGACGCCCCUGUAAAUCUUGACACAACUUAUUCGUUCAAGUUCCUUGGCCUUAACUCCAAUUAUGGUGCAUGGCCAGAUUCCGAUUAUGGCAGAGAUGUCAUAAUUGGUGUCAUUGACACUGGCAUUUGGCCGGAGAGUAAGAGCUAUGAUGAUUAUGGAAUGACACCUACUCCACUCAAGUGGAAGGGAGCUUGUGAGAUUGGGACACAGUUUAAUUCCUCAAUGUGUAACAAGAAGCUUGUUGGAGCCCGUUACUUUAGUAAAGGCUUACUAGCUAACAAUCCUAAUCUUACAAUUUCAAUGAAUUCUCCCCGGGACACUGAUGGACAUGGCACUCACACCUCCUCCACAGCUGCUGGAAACUAUGUUGACAAUGCAUCCUAUUUUGGUUAUGCUUAUGGAACUGCCAGAGGCAUGGCUCCACAUGCUCGAGUUGCCAUGUAUAAGGCCUUGUUUAAUGAAGGCUCCGUCAGUUCAGAUAUCUUAGCCGCCAUUGAUCAAGCAAUCGAGGAUGGUGUAGAUGUUUUAUCAUUAUCUUUCGGCUUAAAUGAUGUAGCAUUGUUUGAAGAUCCAGUCGCCAUAGCUACGUUUGCAGCCAUUGAAAAGGGCAUAUUUGUUUCAACAUCAGCAGGCAAUCAAGGCCCUCUUCUUGAGACACUACACAAUGGCACACCCUGGGUUUUAACAGUUGCAGCUGGCUCAAUUGAUCGUGAAUACGUUGGAAGAAUAAUUCUUGGCAAUGGAGUUACAAUCACAGGACAAACACUCUACCCUAACAAUUUAACUCAUAGCCAAAAUUUUCCUCUCGUUUUCAUGGGUGAAUGUGACGAUGUCAAGAAGAUUGGGACUGGAUUUGUCGUGUGCCAAGACAAGACGGGUGCAUUGAGUGAGCAAGUAUAUGCUUGUCUUAAUGCAAAUGUUUCAGGUGGUAUCUUCAUAACAAACAAUUCUGACCUUGGCUUUUUCCGCGAUAGCUCUUUCCCAGCUCUAUUCCUGAAUCACCAAGACGGUGAAACCAUUUUGAAGUACAUCAACAUGAACCAGAAGGCACAAGCUAGCUUUGAGUUUCAGAAAACAAGCAUCGGUGCAAAGGCAGCACCGAAAGUAGCAGCCUAUAGCUCCAGAGGACCUUCUGCAAGUUGCCCAUUUGUUCUAAAACCUGACAUUAUGGGACCUGGUGACCUUAUCUUAGCUUCAUGGCCUUCAAAUGUGGCAGCAACAGAAGGUUCAUCUCAGUAUUUUAGUAACUUCAAUCUCCUAUCUGGAACAUCAAUGUCGUGCCCUCAUGUGGCAGGGAUUGCGGCUCUGCUCAGAGGUGUGCAUCCUAAAUGGAGCCCUGCAGCAAUCCGGUCUGCAAUGAUGACAACAUCAGACUUUCUGGACAACAAAUAUAAUCCGAUCCUCGAUAGUGGAGCACUGAACCAUCCAGCCUCUCCUCUUGCCUCUGGAGCUGGCCAUGUCAAUCCCAACAAGGCGCUGGAUCCAGGGCUCAUUUACGACGUAAAGGCAGCAGAUUACAUCAAUCUUCUUUGUGCAUUAAAUUAUACCAGCAAACAGAUACAAACUGUUACUAGAUCAGCUUCAUAUAGUUGCUCCACUGCAUCACUGGACCUCAAUUAUCCUUCUUUCAUUGCAUACUUCAAUGCAAAUGAUACAUCAAACUCGAACGAGCUGACUGUGCAAGAAUUUCACAGGACUGUGACUAAUGUUGGAGAUAAAACAUCCGUUUAUGAAGCGAAAAUAACACAUAUGGAUGGUUUAAAUGUCAAUGUUGUUCCGGAGAAGUUAAGUUUCAAAGAUAAAUAUGAGAUGCAAAGCUACAGACUGAGUAUACAAGGUCCGAGACGGAUGAAAAACAAGAUUAUUCAUGGUUCUAUCAGUUGGAUAGAAGUCAGUGGCAGACAUGUUGUGAGAAGUCCUAUUGUGGCUACAAAUCUCAGCUCCCGAAUAUUGUCAGGGAGAAAAUAAUUUGACUUGUGUUUCAGUUACUACAUGAAUAAACAUUGCAAAAAAUAUUGUUGUUGCGAUUGUGUAGAAAAUUGAUUCGAGUUUGAUCUAGCAUGAG